AUGUUAUCUAACAGACAUCAUCGACAACAUCAAUCAUUAUUACAAACACCAAAAAUUCCAAAUGUGCUUAAGAAAUCGACUUCAGGUACUUUAUCACCCGAUACAACGACAACAACUUCCAGCGGUUAUUCAACAGGUGGUUCCUCUGUAUCGAAUACUAAAGAUCCAUGUUUGAAAAAGUCAUCAUCGAUUGCCCAUAAGCAACAUUCUGAUCAAGAACAACAUAAGACAAAAUCAAAGGGUCUUCAUAAUCUUUUAAGUAAACUUAAAAGUCUUCUUCAACCAUCAAGAACUAAACAUAUACAUACAAAAACAAUGAGAUCAACAACUUCAAGGCAAAUAUCAUCUACUAAUAUACUUCGUCAAUAUCAUCAACAUACAACAAUAUAUGAUGUAUUACCAUCAUCAUUAACAACAAGUAAUACUAUUUCAUUACCAUUUACAUAUUAUAAUAAUUCACCAAUGAGACAAUCAAGAGGUAAUUUUGAAAAAAUUUCUGCAUGGCUUAAUCAAACAGAAAAAAUAACAAAAAAUGGACAACAUAGAAACGAUAUCUCAUUUAUUAACUCAAGUAAACAAAAAACCACAUCGUCAUCUUCUGUUAAAAAUGAUGAUCAAGGAAUAAGAGGAAAAAAAGGUAAAAAGAAAACGAAGCAAAAUGUAGGAGGUAGUGGCAGCACUUCCAAAGUAAAUAUUCACAUUCAAGGUGUAUCUGUGUAUGUUUUAGCAAUAACUGUUGUCAUGAAAAACACUCGAGCGAAUAUCAGACCACCUAAACGAAGUUCGUCGUUAGUAACAAGAAUCACUCGACCAAUAAUUGAACAACAAUCACAACGAACAAUUUCUCCUGCUUCAUCAUUUUCUUCAUCGAUUCUUACAAAAGGAAUGUCAGAAAGAAUAACACCACUACAAUCAUCAAAACAACAAAAAUCUGAUAAUCAUUCAUCAAAGUCUCAUCAUCAUCAUCGUAACAUUGAUUUUUCACGUCGACGAACUAUUGCUAGUACAAAUGAACAAAUUUCAAAUAAAGAAAAUCUUUCAAUAAAACAUCAAGAAAAAUCACAAAAAGAUGUUUAUCGAUUUUCUCCAUUAUUAUCAAAAAAUGAAGUUGAAUUUCGUCGUCCAUCAUCAAAACAUAUUGUUACAAAACAAUAUUAUUUUCAUUCAUAUCCAACAGAAACAAAUGAAGAUUUAUUAAAUAAUUCUUAUGGUUUAACAUUACUUAAACAACAAAAACAACAACAACAACAACAGCAACCAGCUAAACAAAGACAUUCCGUGGGUACUGUUCUUAUGAUAUCACAAGCUCCUAAUCAUGUAUCAUCACAAAAACAAUUAAAUCCUAGUACAUUGCUUCAGCAAGAAUAUACACUUGAUUCGCUUGAUGAUUUAUUAUGUGAUCGUGAAGUUGAAAGUUACUUUUAUCCAACAUCUCAAUCAGAUCAUAUUUAUAUGAAUUUAGAAAAUAUAUCAGAUCCUUAUCAAGCACCAUUAUCUUAUAUUCAUGAAACUUUAUGUUGA